ACUUGUAUUGGUAAACAUUCUUAUCAUCAAAAAUUGUUCUUACUCAAUACUCAGUGACUUCCUUUUAUUUUUUAAUUACUACCCAGCUUAGCCUUUUCUCAGUAACCGAUUUCAUGUAGGAGCGUGAGUAAAAUCUCUGGAGGAUAAAUGUUUCUUCCAAGCUUCUCGUUAUCGUCAUGUCAAUUCCUUUUCUAGGUUAUGCCACUUUGGUGGCCAAAAUCAAUUUUCAUGGAUUCAUUUAGUUGGUACGCUACCGACACGAGUAAUGACCACAAGCCUUGUAUGAAAAAAUCAGUUCCAUUGUGCAGUCAAUCUAAUCUGCAGUUACGAUUUUUAUGCCACAAUGACAUCGAAGAGGUCCAAGCUCUGUGCCAAACUUGUUUUCCCAUUUACUAUCCAUAUUCAUGGUAUCUGGACAUCACCUCCAACCCUAGGUUUUAUUCCCUUGCAGCAGUGUAUGAUGGUGUCAUAAUUGGUUUAAUUGUAGCAGAAAUCAAGCCGUAUGUUAAAUUAAAUGAAGAAGAUCAAGAUAUUCUGUCCGCCUCAAUGGAAUCUUACACUCAAGUGGGAUAUAUAUUAAGUUUGGGUGUGAGUCCUGAUCAUCGACGCAAUGGCGUUGCCUCUUUACUCUUGGACAAUCUCAUCUCUCACCUGACAACAGCGGAGAAUAGUUCCUGUAAAGCAGUGUUCCUGCAUGUCCUCACCACUAAUUCUGCUGCCAUCCAAUUUUAUGAACAACGACACUUCAGAUUACAUUCAUUUGUGCCAUUUUACUAUUUCAUCGGAAACAAAUUCAAGGAUGGAUUUACUUAUGUUUUGUACAUCAAUGGAGGCCACCCUCCCUGGGGUGUAUUAGACUAUGCUCGUCAUUUCUGCCAAUCUUUGUGCCGUAGAGAGUCCUCAGCUUGGUUAUGGCACAAAGUAGAGCAUGUCAUCCGCUGGUUAUGGAAUGGUGCUCGAAGAAUGGUCCAUGAUAAUGGAUCACCAUCGGCUGUUUCUCAUUAUCAUUAAUUUUUUUUUUUUUGUUCAAUAUAACUAUACUUGUUAGAUUUGUUGUGAAUUUAUCUUUGUUGCUCUGACUGUCCUGUCAAACGAUGGCCCAGCCAUUGUUGAUCAUUUACAGGUGGGGUGAUGUUUGCUCGAGAUAUUGCCAUAGCACUGCUAAUGGGAAUUAUUUUCCCAGUACAAAGAAAGCAGUGGUUGUUACGCUUGCAUGACAGUAGUGAUUAAACCUGGGGGGCUUCUUUCAUGGAAAA